GAACGGAGCGACAGCGAACAGGAAGUCGCUAUUCUAUGGCAUUUUAUUGGCCCUUUCUCGUAUCGUGCGUUGUGUUUGUUGAAAAGCUUGGUGUUCGUUGGACGACAUUUUGAUUUUGCUGAAAGUUUUAUCUGUGUAUCUCGCGACUACAACGAAGGAAACAAACAAAAAAGUAAAACGAUGUCCGACAAGAAUCGCCGCGGUGGCUCGUCGUCGGGGCCCUCUAAACCUCCGUCGUUCGAGGAGCUGAAGCAAAAGCUGACGCAGAAGAAACGGCAAGAAGAGGAGAGGCAACAGAGCAGGCAGACUACUUCCAACAGGUUGCAGAACAAGAGACCUCGUUCGGAAACAAGGGAGAAGAGUCGGGAAAAGGACGGAACCAAGUCAACGUCCUCAGGAGCAGGCGCGCGGGAGAAGCAGACGGGAGAAGGCGCGUCAGCGUCGUCAACCGCAGAUCAUGCGAAAAAAGAAAAAUCUGGAGAUCGCGAGACAAAAGCAAGACGAGUUGUCAACGAACAGCUUGGGGGAGUCGAGAAGGUACAAAGCUACAGCAAUGUUUCACAGUUAAUCCUACGUAUAGAUAUAACAGUUUCAUCAACUAGGAGAAUACAGAUGAUGCUUUGUGGUCGGAAAAACUCCAUGAUCUGUUCUUACAGGCGACGUCAUCUACGGCUACAAAAGCUGGUAGUGCAAGUGGGAAAGGAAAGGAAACAGCUCCGGCGAAUGGCAAAGCCGAGUCUAGCAAUAGCACUGAAGAUGCCCCAGCGAAUGGAGACGCCAAAGCUGGAUCGUCAAAUACAAGUGGGGAUGGGAAAGCUGGCACAACAAAGACUGACGGUGGAGCUGCAAGCAAAGACAAAGACAAAGAGCAAGCAGGGAAAGAUGGCGGCGCACCAGCUCAGACCAAGGAACAGGCGGCGGCAGCGGAGAAGCACAAAGAUGAAACGGACAAGCGAAGGAGACUGGUCCUGCGAAAAACUCUAGAUUCAGCAGAGGACGCUGCUAAGAAAUUCAAAGAGGAAGUGGACGCCUUCACCAAGAGACAAAAGACGAGGUUAGGCGACAGCGACCGCGAGAAAGACCGAAAAUUUCUUGAUGAGAAGAAAAAGGAGGUCGAGAAAGAAGCAGAAGCAAUCAAGGCGCUGAUAGACGACGUACUAACACCACAGGAGAUAUGUGAUUUUUUUCAAAAAUAUGGUGUUGUUUCUUCUUUAUUUCACGACUUUUCAUCUGAUAUACAUAUAAUUUAUCUGGGUGUCAGGUAUUCCUUAUUUCGUCUUUUCUGAUCCACCACGACGUCCGCGACAAAACAAGAAGGAUGAGGAUCGCAAUACCGACCUUUAGUUUUGUUCCUGCCCAAAAAUUUUCAGUGCAAGUCGAAAAACGAGAAAGUCCGAGCAAAUGCGGAGAAGACGAAGACGUGGAAGCAGUGGACCCUCGAUCUCUUCCAGUCUAUAGAUAAAGUUUACACGGAAACCCUCAAAGCGUGGGACCAGAUCUAUAUCCGAGAUUGGCCGGCGGCUAGGCGGGACUAUGAAAAGGCGCUUGAAGCGACUUCAUUUCGGGCUUUUGGCUUGUCCGACUUAGAAAGGUAUUCAACAACAAAGAUGUUGCGCUUUAGUAGAAAUUGGCUUGCACAACUUGGAGUUUCCAACUACCAAGUUCCUUAAUGAAAGUCUGUUUGCUCAGUAGAGACGCAAAACUGAGUAUCCUGCUCCGGAUUCGCUCUGUGUGUUGCAUAGCUGCUUUUCAACUAUCCCUUCCUUUGUCCACAGGUAUAUGCAGCGCAAAGACCCUGGAGAAGAAGUCGCGAAUAAGGACAAAAAGGACGGCAAGGACAAAGAGGGUAAGACUGAGGAGCGCAAGACGAUUCGCGAUGGCACAUGGAAGUAUCCCACAUGUCAACUGGUAAAUCCAGGCAUGUACUUUGGGGAGUGGAAGCCAGAACUAAAACAUCUUCUGGGUCCCAAGCCAGAAGUUCCUGAUACUGAGGGGGAACGGUCAUUACCGGAAAAGAACGGAACAAAAGACCCUCCAGGACUUCCAAUGAACAAUGUUAUAGUUGUCGUACCUCAAUACAACGGCGUGAUCGACUACACAGAAAUUGAACUAAGUAGUGAGACCGAAGACUAGCGAAAGCAUCUCCGUCCUCCAGUUUUCUUCCUGAUCAUGUCUUCCUCAUCGCACCAUACGUGUUGUAGAACCUACAGCAUUCUUCACCUGGCACCCCACCGCAGUACCUGAUUCUCUAGUGGUAAGAGUGCUGCUUCUUCCGCGCACGGUCACGGAUCGAUACUAGAUUUCACCUCAAGAAGAUUGAAAGAGAUGUUAACGUGUGUCAAAAUCGAAAGAGGGGUAGAAGCAAUGAUAUGUUGACG